UAAUUUUUAAAACAAUCAUUAACAUUUCAGUCUUUAUUUCUAUAUAUCUCUAUACUCGAGUGACAUCAUCCUCCCGGUAGGAUGAUCAUAAAACACCGUGAGUGGCUGCUCAGCUGCUGCUCUAACACUUAUGACAUUAAAUUAUCACAAUUUUAUUUUAUAAACUUCUUUUUUUUAAAUCUCAAAAUCAAGUGUCAGUAUCAAUGUACUGUAAUUUUUAUUAGAACUACAUUACAGUUACAGUUUAUUAAAUAUUUAAUGGAUUAAUAAAUUAAUUGAUUGUUGGGUAAUUAGUAAUUAAAAUAAAUCCGUAACGAUGACGCUAGUUAGUCAGUAGCGAUGUGUGUCAACUAGUAAACUAUGUUGGUGUUGUAUUGGCGCGUGGGUAGUCGGCACGAUUAUUUUCUUAGGAGAAUUACACACACCCUCGCCACUGUUAUGUUGCCCGCAUCAGCAUCAGCAUCACCAGCCGGACUCCAGUCAGUAUGCCGCUAAAUAAUCUGUAACCGUCCCCUCAUCUGUGCCGUCUUACAUCUUAACAUAUUAUAUAUAUGUAUAAUAUAAUGUAUCCAUUUGUGUAGUCGGUGUAGUCUUUGGUGUAAUACGAGUGCGGUGAGACCUACGAGAGACUACCAACAUAUAUAUGCCCUUAUUUUAUUAUUGUAUUGUAUAUCAUACAAGAGUUUAAGAAAUAAACCGACCAUGAAGAAGUAGAAGAAGAAGAAGGAGGAAGAGGAAAAGAAACAAGUAGAAGAAGCAAAAGUUACUGAAGAAGUAGUUUACUGGAGCCCUUGUAGUGAAAAAUAGGACCGCGUGACGUACACACGUGCUUUUUACCCCUGACAGAUUUCUCAUUCACGUGUUUAUAAUAAUAAUUAUUGUUAUUAUUGUAUUUUUAUAUAAAAGACAUUAGUUUAUUUAUUGAAUUUAGUAAAUUAUAAUGAAGUGGAUAGUGUUUUAUAUAUAUUCAGUGUUUAGUGAUAUCAGGAAUUAAUUUAUUAAAUAAAAAGUGCUGUGUUAAAAAUAAUUUAACGGGAAGUUUAGUUGUGAUUGUUGUUAAUUUAUAAAAAUAAAUAAAAGGAAUCAAGAAUCAUCAACAUAAUUAUCAUUUUCAUUAAGUUAUGUGUGUGGAUUAUGAGUUAUCGCAUAUUUUGACCUUUUAAUUAUUAUUUUGUUAAUAUUAUUCAAUCGGAACGUGAUUUAAUUCUGAAGACAAAAACAUCAUCGACUAAAUCAUCACUUAAAAUAAGAGAGAAAAAGAAGAAAAAAAGUGUAUAAAGUAUGAGAUUAAAAAAAAAUAUGGAGCAAAAAAUAACAGUAGAAAAAUAAACAGAGAUCUCUAACACAAGUUAGCAGCUUGUGUAUGAUUAUGAUGCCUUCGUGGAUACUCACCGCAACUGCGUUGGAUUUAAAUGAACAAAUAAACACAAAAUUUACCCUAACGAAGGGCCAUCUCUUUGCCUCUGGUUUGUCUGGAUUAAUUAAACCGUUAACUAAAAAUAAUAUCAAACUAUUCCAAAGACAAUAAUGCAUUUAAAAUUAUUUAAAUUAAAAUAUAAUUAAUAAAUAAAUAAAUUCAUAAUUUUCACAAUGUGUUCAAAGUCAAUGGUAUUCAAAUUUAAUUAGUUCCAUUAAAGAAUAAGUCUGCUGAUUAAUUAGUACUGCCAACCAAUGUAUUAAUUAUUAUUUAUUUUUUUUUUUUCUUUAUUACAAUAAAUAAAAAAGUGUUCUUUAAUUUAAAACUAAAUUAAUAUGAAAGUCAAAAUGAAAUAAUUAAUUAUAAAUAUAAUUUUAAUUGUAUAAAAUAUUACCAACAAUCAGCUUAAAUAGUUUCGUCCUGUACGAUGACGUUCGCUGUUGAUUGUAUGAAUUUCGCACUUUUAGUAAUUUGCUCACGAGUAUUUCAUUUUGCGCUUGGUCUUAGUGCUCAUUAUUACAAGAGUCAAUUGGAAGCACAUUUAAAACUUCACAAUGAAAAAUGGUCAACAGAUUACGUAAAAAAGUGCAAACUCUGCAACAAGCAAUUUACUCAACCCGCUCUUUAUCGUAUUCACAUAAGAGAACAUUACAAAUUGCAGACUAAGAUGAUGAAGCAUACAAAGAGAGGACCGACUAAUAGAGUUAUAUAUAAAUGUAAAAUAUGUUUGAAAAUGUUUCAAAAACCCAGUCAAUUAAUGCGACAUCUUAGAGUACAUACAGGCGAAAAACCUUACACGUGCAAUAUUUGUAAUCGAUCGUUUUCACAAAAAGGUUCACUUCAAAUUCAUAAAUGGAGACAUAUUGGUAUUAGACCGUAUCAUUGUGGUCAAUGUGAUUCGAAAUUUAGUCAAAAAGGUAAUUUAAAUGCUCAUAUUAGAAGAGUACACCGUCAACCAGAUGGUGAGACAGCUUAUCCAUGUUUGCGAUGUACAUGUGCUUUUAAAAAAUUAGCAAGUUUAAGUAUGCAUAUGAAAAAAGUUCAUGCUGUUCCUAUAGAAAAUACACCAAUAUUUGAUAAUUCAACUCCGGAUUUAAACACUAAAAAGUCUGGAGAGUCAGAGGACAAAAGUGAUAUACUACAAGAAGCUUUGAAGAUAAGCGGCUUAUCGGAUAAAGGAAAAACUCCUAAUACUGAUAAUGUAAAUUCUCCGAAAGUUAAAGAAGAAGUACAAACUUGUUAUGUAACUCUCAUGGAUAAAACACCUGAAGGUGGUUUCAGACGAUAUGUUACAAUAAAACAACGUAGUAUUGGUCAUAUAAAAUGGUACUCGUGCUCGUAUUGUCAUAAAGAAUUUAGAAAACCAUCAGAUCUAAUUCGUCAUUUACGAGUACACACUCAAGAAAAACCUUACAAGUGUUCAUACUGUUGUCGUUCAUUCGCUUUAAAGUCAACGAUGAUUGCCCAUGAACGUACACACACAAGUACAAAAAAUUAUAUUUGUGGGACGUGCAAUAAAAAGUUCACUUGUCAUAGCAGUUUAAAAGCUCACACCAGAACGCAUACAAAACCACACAAGUGUAACUCGUGUGGUAAAUCAUUUAGUACAAUUACCCUAUUGAAAAGUCAUAUGCAAAACCACUUAAAAACAUUAUCAGCAGAUGCAGAAGCUUUGAUACCACAAAUUAUAUUAGAAGAGCCACUGGUAAUAAGUGACGCUGGUGAUAAAAUAAGUGUUGCUCAUGUUAAAUCUAAACAACAGAAAAAUGGUGAUGAUAGCAAUGAUAGCGCUGGUAGACCACACAAAUGUUGGACUUGUCCAGCAGCAUUUAGAAAAAUAAGUCAUUUAAAACAACAUUAUCGUCGUCAUACUGGCGAACGUCCAUUUAAAUGUCCAAAAUGUGACGGUAGAUUUACGUCAAAUAGUGUUCUUAAAGCUCACUUACAGACUCAUGAAGCAGCUAGGCCUCAUAAUUGUACUGUUUGUAAUGCUAAAUUUUCAACACACAGUAGCAUGAAACGUCAUUUAGUUACUCACAGUAAUGUAAGACCGUUUAUGUGUCCUUACUGUCAUAAAACAUUCAAAACUACUGUUAAUUGUAGAAAACAUAUGAAGAUACAUAAAACAGAACUUGCUCAACAGCAGUUAGCAAAACAAAACGUACAAGAAAAAAUUAUUGAAACUCCAAUACCAGAUAAAGUAACAAUACCCACGUUAACAGAAAAUUUAAAUUUACCGGAAGAUAUUACAAAUACUUUCCAACCAAAUAUAAGCUCUGAUUUUACUCAAGCAUUUAAUGAUCAGUUUACAUCUAUGGAUGUUGAUAAAAGUAAAUCGUUUUUAACUGAUGAUAGCCGUACUGAAACAAUAGAAAAUUUACCGCAAGUUAAUACAAAUCAGUUAGAGCCGACUCAAACAUUACAUGCCGAUGAAACUGGUACUAUUACAUUACCUAAUUAUUCUGGAGAUCAAUCUCUUACAGCAGAAAGUAUCCGUGAAAUAGAAGAAACUUUGAAUCAACAAUUAUUCAAUAUUGGUAUGAAUCUCGGUUUGAAUACAAAUUUAUCACGACAGAUAAGUGAAACAGACGUAACAUUAGAAACUCGUGAGCAGCCGGUACUAAAUAUUAUUUACAACUCAAAGACUCUUGAUUCAUCAGAUAAUAUUAAUCAAAACAUUUUUCCGCCGCACUUUGAUACUUUUGACAUGAGUCAAAUAACACUGCAGGCAGAUACUGAAAUGGAUAUUGGAAUAAAUUCAGCGAAUUCCACAAGUAUGGCAAGUAUUUUACCAAAAUCAGCUCAAGAAGCUCAACGAUUGGUUCCAGUUUCUACUUGUAAUACCACCAUCACAACUACAUCAGAGUCAGGUCAUUUAAAAGAAUCGCGACAUCUUGUUGUUAAUUCAACUCCAUCUUAUUCAGAUUUAUCUAAACCCGUACAAUCUUGUCCAAAGUAUCCUAAAAUAAUAGCCAAAGCCGAUACGACUAAUGAAAUAGAUAUUUUAAAUUUAAACAGUGAAUCUAAUGAUCAUUCAGUUCCAUUAGUUUGUAAUUAUUGUGACAAACUAUUUGGACAAUUAGAUGAAUUAAAAGCACACAUGGAUAAUCAUGUGUCUGGUUUAACAAACAUUGAUACAACUACUGAUGAUAAUAGCAAUACAAGUAUUAAAAAAAUUGUUGAAAAUAGUAACGGGUCAUUGCAAUGUCAUAUGUGUUAUAAAAAAGAUUUUGAUGUUACUUCAUUGAAGAAACAUUUGAAAACUCAUCGUGGUGAAAAAGAAUUUCAGUGUACAGAGUGUCCGUUAAAAUUUUGUACCAACGGUGGACUGAGUCGUCAUUUAAAAAUGCAUGCAUGUAAAAAAAUAGAUAACUGGACAUGCUCAGUAUGUUUUGAAUCAUUUUCAACAGAAAAUCAGUUAACGAUUCACAGUAGAACACACGAUAUUGGAUGGAAUUCACAAAUAGAACCUGACAGUUCACAACAAGAUUCACUAAAAAUGGAAUCGGAUUUAUUGACAAUAAAUUCCGAUUCUGUUGUAUCAGUAUCGGAAAAAUUACUAUUUGAUACAGUAGUUGAACAAAAUUUUAUUAAAAAUAAAAAUAAUGAUUUUCAAGAAAAGAAAGAGUAUGACAAUAAAUGUAAAUAUUGUCCGAAAACUUUUAGAAAACCAAGUGAUUUAACUCGUCAUGUAAGAACGCAUACCGGGGAGCGUCCGUAUCAAUGUGAACAUUGUGAUAAAAGUUUUGCUGUUAAAUGUACUCUAGAUUGUCACAUUAAAGUUCAUACUGGCAAUGAAAAAUUCUCUUGUCACGUUUGCAAUAGAUUAUUUGCAACAAAAGGAAGUUUGAAAGUUCACAUGCGUUUACACACUGGUUCAAAACCAUUUAAAUGUUCUAUUUGUAAUUUACAAUUUCGUACUUCGGGUCAUCGUAAAGUACAUUUACAUACUCAUAUGCGCGAUAAUGAUAAAAACAUAAGUGGCAAUAAUACAAUUAAUAAUAAACGUAAGCAAAAGUCAACAAAAAUUCAAGUAAUACCAGAGUUUAAAAAUGAAAUUGAAGAAGAUAUGAGUGAAGAAUCAUUAGUGGAUGUUAAUCAACAAAAUGAAUUUCCAAAUAUCGAUACAAUAACAAUUGACGCGACUGGAUUGUCAGAUCAACUAACAUUUAAUGCGGAUGGUACGAUAUUAAAUAAUAAUUCAAUGUUAUCUAUAAAUGAAAGUAAUCAGCUUGUAGCUAAUUUACAUUUUUUAAUUGCCAAUGGACUGGUUACAAUACAAGCUGAUGAAAAUUUAUUACCGCAAUUGAGUGUUAAUAAUAAUAAUCCACAUAAUACUAAUGUUAAUGUUAACAAUAAUAUUGAAAAUCAAAAUGAACAUACACUAGUUGCACCAACUACACUAGAACAAGUAUCAAAUAUUCAAACUAAUAGUUUAGUUAUUACACAAAUAAAUAAUCUUUCAUCUAAUGUAGAGCGCACUCCACAAUUACAAUUGAAUGAUUGUAUGGCACUCGUUGAUUUACCAUCAACUACUUCAAGUGUAGUUAAUGAAAUUCCAUCAUCACAACCAUCAGCAUCAAUUCCAGUAUCAGUAUCAGUACCAGUACCAGUUCCCGUAUCAGUAAUUCCACAAUCAACAAAAUCAAUUGAUAAAAUUGGUAACAGUAAUAAUAAAACAUCAAAUAAUAAAAAAGAAUGUGAUAUUUGUGGUAAAACAUUUAUGAAACCAUGUCAAGUUCAAAGACAUAAACGUAUUCAUACAGGUGAGAAACCAUAUAAAUGUGAAUUAUGUUGGAAAUCUUUUGCACAGAGAUCGACAUUACAAAUGCAUAUGAAACAUCACACUGGCGAUCGUCCCUAUUCUUGUCCACACUGUGAUUAUUCAUUUACACAAAAAGGUAAUUUACAAACUCACCUCAAACGUGUACAUCAGAUGGACGAUACUAAUGAUAAAAAAAAAUUAAAAACAACACAACACAUAAUUAAUAAUAAAAUUAUACAGCAGGAUGAUAAUGGGAUUCCUAACUUGGAUGAUAUUUCAAUAGUUGAAUUACUUAAGUAAUUGGUUUCUUUUUUAAAUCAAUUAAUUCAUUAAGUAAUUCAGUGUACUUGCAUUUUUUAAUUAGAUGAUUCAUGUGUUGAAAAUGUUCAUUUAUUUAUUAUCAACCAUCGCUUGAUAAUUUUUUUAUUCAACUCAAGAAUCAUCUUUCAAGUCAAAGAUAUUAAUUUUUUUUAAAAUAACUAAAGUUUUCUUUAUAUUUAUAAUUCUAAUCAAUUCCAUAUAUUUUUUUAAUUUGAUUAAUAAUUAAUAAAAUGCUAU